AUGGACAUCAAAGAGCUAUUGGUGAAAGGAGAUUCAGAUUUGUUGAUCCAUAAGAUGCAAGGAGAAUGGACCACCAAGAAUGUCAAAAUCCUUCCUUAUGUACAAUGUGUUAAGGAGUUGAGUAAAAGGUUUACGAAGAUUGAAUUCAAGCAUGUCCCUCGAAUUCAAAAUGAGUUUGUUGAUGCCUUGGCAACACUAUCUUCAAUGAUUCAGCAUCCAGAUAAGAAUUACAUCGAUCCCAUCAAGGUGCAGAUACAUGACCAACAAACAUACUAUUUCCAUGUAGAUGAAGAGCCAGAUGGAAAAAUGUGGUACUACGACAUCAAGAGGUUACUCGAAGCAGGAGAAUAUCCAGAAAGCGCUACUGGCAAGCAGAAGAAGACUUUAAGAAGGAUAGCCAAUAACGUCUUUCUCAACAAGGAAUUCUUGUAUAAGAGGACUCAAGACUUGGGAUUAAUACGAUGUGUCGACGCCUCGAAAGCCACAAGAUUGUUGGAAGAAAUACACAUAGGAACUUGUGGACCCCACCUGAAUGAUUUCAUAUUGACGAAGAAAAUUUUGAGAGCUGGAUACUUUUGGAUGACCAUGGAGAGGGGUAGCAUCUGA